AUGAUGUCUCGGAGCAUCUCUGGGCUCCUCCGCCUUGGGCUAUCUCAAGCACACAGGGCCAGAGCCCAGGUUAUCUUUGUGACAACUGUUUGCAGUCCGGCACUGGCUGGCCUUCACCUGGGGAGAUGCUUCAGUACCAGCCACAGGCUUCAAUAUGUCCCCACGGGGGGCACAGGGUAAGUCAGGAUCUUAACUAAAUUCUUUGCUUCCAUUGGUCCCAUUGGAGGAAGAGGGUGUGGAUGCUAAUCUCACUGAAUUCAACAGGACUUGCUUCUGAGCAGACACAUAUAGGAUUGCACCAUUAAGCCACCUUUCUAUGUCUUUAUGACGGAGUGCCUUUGCUCCAGCUGUGAGGAGGUUGUAGCAAGAUGCAUGAAUGACAAUUUCUUUGAAUACAGAUAUGUAUGGAGCCUGGGAAAGAACAGAUCCUUCCAUUGGAACAACCUCACCUCUCUACUGCUCAUCUUUUCUUUUCUUUUCUUUUCUUUUCUUUUCUUUUCUUUUCUUUUCUUUUCUUUUCUUUUCUUUUCUUUUCUAAAAAACAAAUGAACAAAACUCUCCUGCUUUUCUCCCAUAUUGGAUUCAUGGUAGCCACACAUUCAAACUGAAAAAACAGUAUUAGAUAGAUGAUAGAUAGAUAGAUUCCAUACCUUCCACUAAAGAAUGACUGACUGUUCUAUCACUCUAAAAAUCAUACCUCUGGAACGGGAAUAAGGGUCUCCUAACAACUCUCAGCAUCCUUAACAAACUGCAACCCCUAGAAGCCUUUGGGGGAGUCAUGACUGCUUAAAAUGGUAUGGUGCAAAUGGCAUGUUGAAUGCCUCUAAUCUUUCUGCACAGAUUGCCAGUCUUUAACCCUUCACACCUCUCUACCGUUAUCUCAGGCUUUCACACUUGUGAUGCAACAGGCCAUGUGCAGCCUGUGCGGCAGCCCACCCGUGGUUUGAUAAAUCUCCCUGCUUGGGACAUGCUGAACUGAGAGAGGGAGAUGGUCAAGGACCCAGCAGGACAAAACACUCGGCAGCUGCAUUUGGCCUGGCAGGUUAAAACUUGCCUGGGCCUGCAUCCUCUGUUGCUGCCCCUUAGGCCACAAUCAUACCACAUUUAAAGCAUGAUGAUACCACUUUAAACACCCAUGGCUUCCCUCAAAGAAUCCUAGUUUGUUAAGGUUGCUGAGAGUUGUGAGGAGGUCCCUAUUCCUCGCCCAGAGCUACAAUUCUCAGAGCUCCCUUGGAAGAGGUCUCCAACAAGCCAUUUAUAGGUGGGGAUAUUAUUAUUAUUAUUAUUAUUAUUAUUAUUAUUAUUAUUAUUGGCUGCAUCAGUAUUGGAUGUGAAAUUGUUUUCAUAUACGUAAUUGCUUUGCAUGUGCUUUUAUUGUACUGUGAAAUCCCUUUGAGAUGCUUCAUAGGAAGCAAAUGAAAACAAGACUUAAUUACCGCCGCCACCGUCACCGUUGGGAGCAUUUACUGCAACAAUGAUAAUAUUGAUCUUUUCAUGUCUGGAAGCAUCCUAACUUUAUUGAAUGUGCGCUUCCCCCUCCCACAGAUCUACUGAGAAAGUGAAGUUAAAUUUUAUUAACAGGGAUGGAGAUAAAUUCUCAGUCACCGCUAAAGAAGGAGAAAGCUUGCUGGAGGUGGUGAUGAAUCAAAACAUCGACAUCGAUGGCUUUGGUAAGUGAUGUGACCCUUUCUCUUUCUUUAGCCUUAAGUCGUUUUCCGCACCUCAUGCGCACUCCCAUCACCGAUUUGCUAAGUGGUAACACAUGGCGCGAGUAAUGAGCCAGACCCAUCCUGACAUUUCUUAUGAAAUGCUAUAUUCUGACGCAUUUCUCCCAAAACCAGCUUAGAUCCAAAUUGAUAAAAAGAACAGCCUAACUGUGUUUUAAGGCAGUAACAUGUAUACAGCUCCAGUUACUGUUUUUAUUAAUUUAUUUCAUAAAAUGUGUAUAGCACUUGGUUGUAAAAAAAACAACACACCACCUUCAAGUCGUUUAGAAAAUGGAGAAAGCCAUAAAACAUAAGUAAAACAGGUAAAGGCAACAAUUUAAAUCAUUAAAAAAACAUCAGCAAUAAACAAAAAUCAGAUUAGAAUACACAUCAAUGCUCUAGAUAUAUAAGCAGUCUUGUCCAAACAAAAAUGUCACACCAAAAAGAGCACAGCAAACGUGCUUGCCUGAUAUCAAGUUGCAGGGAGUUCCAAAGUGUAUUUGGCAGGAGCUAGAUACUAGUCAGGAGAAGCAAUCUAGUUGUUGUUGUUAUUAUCAUCAUCAAUUUUAUUUAUUUAUACCCUGCCUUUCCCCCUGAACCAGGAUUCAAAGCAGCUCACAAAGAUUAAAGCAAAGUAAUUAACCUAUAAUAUAAUCAUAAAUGAUGUAAAAACAAAUAUAUUACAGUGUAGAUAGGUAACAACAGCACAGCACGAUUUAAAGGCCAUUUCCUUAAAAGCAGUCAGUUGCUAACAGCAUGCUGGAAUCAAACACUAUUUACUCUUCACAGCAGUCUUCUAUAAAUAAACUCAGUCCCCACUUUUCAGGCAAGCAGUCCAUGCGUCAGGCUUUCAAAAUGAGCCCCACAAAUGGACGCCUCUCUUCUUACACUUUUCUCUCUUACCUUCCUGCUCUACCCCCACAUGGUUUGGGUGGGUGGGAGACUCUUGUAUUGUAUGGUUCUAGCCGGAUGGAACUCUGUUCUGGCCCCUCUCAGGUGUGCACCAUUGCCAUUCUAAGAGAACAAGGGAGGCGUUCACCACGAACGCCUCCCUUGUUCUCUUAGAAUGGCAAUUUUUCUAGAAAAAAACAGCACUGGUUUAGAGGGUCCAAGUGCCAUGCAACGACCGACUUUCUUUUACUUUCCUUUUGACUCAGACCUGCAGCCCCUAAUUGGACACCUCUGUAGCUGUCACACAUGCACACCCACACCCACACCCCCCGAUACCCACACACCAUACCAGUGUGUCCAACUUAUUUAUUCAGAUAAAUGAACGGAAAUAAUUGCACAAGCAAAACCCACAAAGCUACCCCACUAGGUCAAAGAUUCCCACUUUCUCUCAAGCACUAUAUGUGCCAAUGCAAGUCUGUGUUAUGUGGUCUUCCUUAGAGGCAGCAGGAGCCAGUGGUGGCACAGGGUUCAGGGUGUUGGACCAGGGCCUAGAAAAAGCCAGAGUUCAAGUCCUCACUCAGCUACAAAGCUCACUUGGAUAGCUCAGUUGGUUAGAGCGUGGUACUGAUAAAGCCAAGGUUGCAGGUUUGAUCCAUGCAUGGGACAAGUGCAUACUCCUGCAUUGCAGAGGGUUGGACUGGAUGAUUCCAGCUCUACAAUUCUUUGAUUCUAUGACUUUGGGCCAGUCACUUCCUCUCUGCCUGACCUACCACACAGGGUUGUUGUGCGGAUUAAGUGAGGAAGGGAAAGAACUAUGUAUGCCACUUUGAGCUCCUGGACAGAAGGGUGAUAUAUAAAUGCAAUAACAAAUAAAUGAAAUACAAAUCUGUUGCUUUCUCUGCCGGGGUGUAAGGAAGAAGAAAAUGAUGUGUUGUAAUAAGGCAGAUCCAGCAGGUGGCAGCAAAAGCAGGUGCAAGUGAUGUACAGCCUACAAACGCUUCUUUUUCAGCAACCUCAGGGAGGGAGGGAGGGGGGCUAUCCAUUCAUGAUUUUAGCCAACAAACCUUAUGGGAUGUAGUAGCAACCCUCAGCAAUUGCUCUUCAACUACAGUAAUUUAGGUUUGGGGACACUGUUUGUGCACAUUGUAAUCUCUGACUGGUGACAGAUUUCAGGGGUUCCAGCAUUUACUCAGGGUUCUGUUUCCUUGGAAUCAGGGUCAGCACAGACUGUGGUGUCUUUAGAAUAUCAGACCUGGCAAGUGUCCCUAUUUUCCAGGGACCUCCCUGAUUUACAGAAGGCAUCCCGGUUUAUGAUUUGAUGCUGGAAUGUCCCGCUUUUCCUUAGGACGUCCCUAUUUUCACAGGAGAAAUGUUGGAGGGUAUGGAGUUAUCCAACCCAUGAGCCAUCUGAAGGCAGUCUUGUAUAGGGAAGUUUUUAAAAUGUUUUAUUAUGCUUUUAUAUAUGUUGGAAGCUGCCCAGAGUGGCUGGGGCAACCCAGAAAGAUGUGUGGGGUAUAAAUAGUAAAAUUAUCGUUAUGGAUUGGAAUGUCCCUAUUUUCAUCAGAGAAAUGUUGAAGAGUAUAUGAUAUAUGUGUGCAACACUGUAGGUUCUUGCAGCAGAUGACUAAGACAAGUAUGUAGCAUUGAUGCUGAUUCCUUUCCCCCCGAAGGGGCAUGUGAGGGGGCCUUGGCUUGCUCCACUUGCCACCUCAUCUUUGAGGGCAGCACAUUUCAACAACUGGACCCCAUCAGUGACGACGAGAUAGAUAUGCUGGACCUGGCAUACGGACUUACCGAGACGUAAGUAUCCAUACCCUGUUUCUAGACACUGCAUAUUUGCAUGGUGAAUUGAACUGCACAGGAUCGAAACUCAAGAUGGGGGCAGAAUUCUGCAUCCUCAGAAUCUUAGUUCUAGCCUUUUAAAAAGCAACAAGGAAAUCCCCUUUGAUUUCCUUUUAGUGCCAGCUGAAAUUUUAGAAGUGGUUCCUCUCCGGGGAAUAUGGCAGUAAGAAUACCUUUAUAGCUUGUGGAACCACUGGAAGCAAAAUUACUUAUGAAAAAUGAGGAAGGAGAGGCAGAGAAACAGGGGGAUGACCUUGGUGUUUCUUCCAAAUCUACAGUUCUGUGAUUCUAUGAAGGUGGUAGUGAGGUUUACUGCCAUGUAGGUGCACCAGUGGCAUCAUUAUGGCACUCCUGCCAGUGUGUUUGCACAGUGCUGCUCCCUCCCCCAUCUCAAUCCUCCUACUUAGCAACAGUGAUCCAGCUCCCAGGAUGCUAUUCUGGCAGCUCUGUUCCAUCUGGUGACCUGGUUCUGGCACAAGCAACAAUCACAGAAUUGCUGGAAGGUAUCCUGAGGACGUGGGUGGCACUGUGGGUAAAACCUCAGUGCCUAGGACUUGCCGAUCGUAUGGUCGGCGGUUCAAAUCCCCGCGGCAGGGUGAGCUCCCAUCGUUCGGCUCGCCAGAGCAGCUUCGUCACGCUGGCCACGUGACCCGGAAGUGUUCUCGGACGGCACCGGCUCACGGCCUCUAGAGCGAGAUGAGCACGCAACCCUAGAGUCGGACACGACUGGCCUGUACGGGCAGGGGUACCUUUACCUUUAUCCUGAGGAUAAUCUAAUCUAGGGUUGCCAUACGUUUAGAAUUUCCCGGACAUAGCUGAGAUUUGGCCCUUGCAGUCGGCGUCUGGGAUUUUAAAUCGUUGAAAUGUCCGGAAAAAUCCAGACGUAUGGCAACCCAUGUCAGAAGUGAAGAUUUCUGGCAAAUUUACUUUAAAAUAGCUCAAAAUGUCUUCUUUGGCAGAAAGAAAGAAAGAAAGAAAGAAAGAAAGAAAGAAAGAAAGAAAGAAAGAAAGAAGCAGCUCAACAACUUUGCCCCCCCCCCCAAAAGCGCAACAAUUCUUGAGUCUAGAUUUUCAAUUUUUGAAAUAUGGCAACCCUAAUCUAAUCCAGCCCCUUGCAUUGCAGGAAUAUGCAGCUGUCCCACACAGGGAUUGAACCUGCAACUUUGGCAUUAUCAUUUCCAUGCUCUAACCAAGUGAGCUAGAGAUUAAGUGGUGAGAUUAAUGAUCAGUUGAAGCUUGAGUAAAUAAAAAGGUUUGACUGGAACAGCUGAAGAGAUUUUUUUCUUACCAGUACUUGUUUCCAACUAGAGGAAAAAGCAUAGGACUAUCAAUAACUGUAACUGUAAUUUGGUUACGUUGUUCAACAACAAUUGAGACAAUUUCCACAGCUAAAAGGUAAAAGUAAAGGGACCCCUGACCAUUAGGUCCAGUUGUGACCAACUCUGGGGUUGCAGCGCUCCUCGCUUUAUUGGCCAAGGGAGCCGGCGUACAGCUUCCGGGUCAUGUGGCCAGCAUGACUAAGCCGCUUCUGGCGAACCAGAGCAGCGCACAGAAACGCCGUUUACCUUCCCACCAGAGUGAUACUUAUUUAUCUACGUGCACUGGUAUGCUUUUGAACCGCUAGGUUGGCAGGAGCAGGGACCAAGCAACGGGCACUCACCCCGUCGCGGGGAUUCGAACUGCCGACCUUCUGAUCGGCAAGUCCUAGGCUCUGUGGUUUAGACCACAGCACCACCCGUGUCCCAUUUCCACAGCUACACAUACACAAAAGCUUGCUUUCAUUUGCCAAGUGUAUUUUUGGUCAUUUUCAUACUGCAAACUACCCCAUGAUCCUCGGAUGAAGGGCAGCAUAUAAAUUCAAUAAAUAAAGAAAAAAUAAAAGCAGCACAGCGUUGUUAAAAGCCCUUUCCUUUAAAAUAAGUCAGUUCCCUAAGGCCUUUUGGAAUAAAGCAGCCUUCAGCUGUUGGGCAGAAGCACAGUGGGGACGAGCUGCUUCCUUAGGAAGUGAGUUCCGAAGCCAGGGAGCCAAGAAAGCACACACAACAAAACCAAGAGAUGUCUGGGUCUGUUUUUGUCCUUUAUAAGGUCUCGUCUAGGCUGCCAGGUGCGCGUGAAGAAUUGGAUGGAUGGCCUCACGGUCCAGGUCCCCACAGAUGUGUCAGACAUCAGGAGAGAACUGGAAGUGGAGAAGCAAACCAAGCAAUAA